GACUCAUGGAACCAAUGAGGAGUCUUCUUCUUCUCUCCUAAGCAAAGUUACCUAUCCUCGGCCGGCGACUCCCGCGAUACCCGACCCGAUUUCGCAAUGAAAUCUGCUGCUCGUUCUUCCUAUUAGAACUUCUAAAUCCCUAAUUUCUGAACGAUUCGGCCAUUCUCACUCACACAUUAGUCCAGAACGGAUAUACAUAAUCGUCCGCCCGGUGGAGUAGAUGGAGAAUUGUAUAUAUAUCAGCAGUAGCGAUGACGGCUAUUACUCUUCCGAUCAGGAAUCGCUCGACGGGCUUGAGAAUGAGGAGUCUGAUUCUCCUGUUGGAGGAGGAAAUUCUUGCAAGGUGAUCACAAAAGAGUCUUUGUUGGCUGCACAGAGGGAGGAUUUGCAGAGAGUGAUGGACUUGCUUUCAAUAGGAGAACACCAUGCUCGUACUUUACUCAUUCAUCAUCGGUGGAAUGUUGAAAAGCUGUUUGCAGAUCUUGUUGAGAAGGGAAAAAGCAACCUUUUUGCUGAAGCUGGAGUAUCUGUUCAUGAAAAUAACAAUCUUGAUCACAAACUCAGUUCUCCCUCGUUAAUGUGCAAUAUAUGCAUAGAAGAAUUACCCAGAAGUGAAAUGACACAAAUGGACUUUGGUCAUUGCUUUUGCAACAGCUGCUGGACAGAGCAUUUUAUUGUGAAAAUAAAGGAAGGUCAGAGUAAGCGGAUCAGGUGCAUGGCUCACAAAUGUUUUGCCAUUUGUGAUGAGGCAGUUGUAAGGAAGCUAGUUGGUAAAGAUCAUCCUGAUUUAGCAGAGAAAUUUGAAAGAUUUCUUCUUGAAUCAUACAUAGAGGACAAUAAGAUGGUUAAAUGGUGCCCAAGUAUCCCCCACUGUGGAAAUGCUAUACGCAUUGAAAAUGAUGAACAUUUUGAAGUGGAAUGUUCAUGUGGAUUGCAGUUUUGUUUCAACUGCUUAUCAGAAGCACAUUCCCCUUGCUCGUGCUUAAUGUGGGAGCUCUGGGCCAAGAAGUGUCGUGAUGAAUCAGAAACUGUAAAUUGGAUUACUGUUCACACAAAACCUUGUCCCAAGUGUCUCAAACCUGUUGAGAAGAAUGGUGGAUGCAAUUUAGUUGGCUGCGUGUGUGGCCAAGCAUUUUGUUGGUUGUGUGGUGGAGCUACCGGACGAGACCAUACAUGGUCCCGCAUUGCUGGGCACAGUUGCGGCCGCUUCGUAGAAGACUCUGUAAAAAAAGCUGAAAGAGCAAAGCGUGAUCUUUAUAGGUAUAUGCACUACCAUAAUCGGUAUAAAGGGCAUAUGGAUUCGUUCAAACAGGAAUCUAGAUUGAAGGAGAUCACUAUAGAUAAGGUGGCAAGUUUAGAGGCGAGAGAUUUGAAUUUGAAGGAUUUUAGCUGGAUUACAACUGGACUCUAUAGACUCUUCAGAUCAAGAAGAGCUCUGGCUUACUCUUACCCCUUUGCAUAUUACAUGUUUGGUGGUGACCUUUUUAAGGAUGAAAUGACAAAUGAGCAAAGGGAGAUUAAGAAAAACUUAUUUGAAGACCAGCAACAACAGCUUGAGGGCAAUAUCGAGAAACUAUCUAAAGUUAUUGAGGAGCCGGUUGAUGAGUUCAGUGAAGAACAAAUAAUGGAAGCAAGGAUGCAAAUAAUCAAUCUCUCUGUACUCACUGAUACUCUCUGCAAGAAAAUGUAUGACUGUAUAGAAAAUGAGUUAUUGGGUUCACUUGUGUACUGUAACCACAGCAUAGCACCGUACCAGUCAAAGGGCAUCGAAAGGGCUACGGAACUCACUUCUGGGUGGAAUGCCAAUACAAACCAUAACAAUCAGGGUCAAACAGUGGUUGACCAGAUACCCGGUAAUUCUUAUGUGCUUUACCCCUCUAAAAUAAAGCAUUCGGACAUCUCUCUCUUCUUCCGACCCCAAACAAAUUCCGUAGCAUAAGAUAGGUCUCACACCCAUCUUGUUUCUUUUCGAUUUCAAUGCGUCUUACAUUCUUACCUCCCCAUUAGAAUACAAAGAAAAGGGGGGUGAGGGCUGUUGCAGAUUUCUUUUGUCUUUGAGGGUUUUGGAGGUGGAGGCAACGGGGGAGGGCUAUUUUUCAUUUGAAGACUAUAAUGCUUUCAAGUGAUGAAUUUUAAAAAUGAAAAAUUUAAAAUGAUUUAUCAGUAUGGCCAAUGAUGUGGUCAUUCAUUUAUUCUAUUUUUUACCGCGAACCAUAAUUCUUAAAAAAAAGCCUCCUUUCUCACUCCGGAGUCCUCUCCUCCAAAACUCUCCAACACAUUGCUUUCAAACAUAUUCUUAGUUACUUUACACUUGUGUUGGAUGGAUGGAUAGAAUUUGGAGAGAAAAAUGGGGAGAAGAAAACUCAUAUCCUAAUCUUUUUUCUCCCGUAGGAUUGAAGAAAAAAUAGAGAGGGAAGUGAAAGGGGCUAAGUGGGAAAGGGAGAGUUUCUCCUAAAGUGGCAACAAAAUGAUGGGAUUGGAGAAGUGUAAUAAUUAUUCUUUUGGCCGCACAUUAUCACAUAAGGAUUAAUAGUCAUUUUAUGUUAUCAUAUUUUCUCUCCAUCCAAACAAGGGAAAGAAUCUAUUUUUUUUAUUUCUCUUCAUUUUCUUCUCCUCCAAACAAUAUACUUUUUCUUUUUAUUUCUCGUUUUUUCUUCUCCUCAUUUCCUUUCCUCUCCUUUUCUUUCCCCAUGCAAACAAUCCAUAACCGGAUGAUAAAUAGGAUUACUUUUUCUUGACAUAUUAUGUUUCCAUGGUUGCUUAAUUAAAAUGACUGGUUCGGACAUUAAUGUGUGAGUGCUGCCAAUGAGGUUCAGAUGAUGAGCCACCACAAUGUUCUGCAAGCUCAGAUGAGAAUAAUGGCUGCACCUCUUCUUCUCGGAAGCGGGCUAGACAGGAGAAGUGCUUGUUUGAUCUUAACUUGCCUGCAGAGAUGCUGGACAGGCAUUGACAUAAGUGGAGUUGCUCCUCAUGAUCAUUGUUAUUCUUAUUUUAUAUAUAUAUAUAUAUAUAUAUAUAUAUAUAUAUAUAUAAAUAUAUAUAAAUAUAUAUAUAUAUAUAUAUAUAUAUAUAUAUAUAUAUAUAUAUAUAUUCAAGUUUAAGUGUACAGAUCUAACUGCAACUAGUUGUGCCAGUAAUAUAUUUAUAUAUAAAUGUUUUUGAAGCUGGAUCAUGGCAAAAAUGGUGAGAAAUUGGCCCAUAUCAACUUCAUUGUCACUUGUGCCUCAUGGUGUGAUGAUUAGUUUUCUGGCAUAGGCUUUGCACAAUCUUUGUGGUUUUUCCUGCUACUUGGCCUCUGCACAAUCUUUGUUGUACUACUAGUGAUUAAAGUGCAUAUAUUGAAGUGUUUUGAGCUUGACUAGGAACACAUCCAAACAGAAGCUUAUCAUCAUCGCAACCACGGGCGCGAACGAGCUGAGCUCAAAUGUAUAUAUGUUUGCUUGAGAUUGAAGAUAUUGUAUUGAACUUGAAUUAAGCUCGGAUAUUUGAGUUGGAA